UUAUCCUGCGCACGUUAAACAGUUCGGUACCCGUUUACAUUUACCUUAUUAACACUUUCGCCGAUUCAAAAAAAGAAUUAGAAAAUAAGAAUCAACCCGAACGUGUCUAUUUAGUACUUAAAUUUAAUUAUAGUGAAUUAGUUUUAAAUGUGUACGUUUAAGAUGGUUUGAAACUUUUAAAUUAAGAAAAAAACUUUGUGUCAACAAGAAACACCAUGGAAAACGAAGUAAAAAUGACCAACUCUGAGAGUAUUUACGAACAAAUAAAAUCGAUAUGUGCGAGUUUGAACCGAACAAAUGUUAAUACAACGGACCAAGGGUAUUGUCCACUUAAAUUGGACACAAUGGGCUUUUGUUGGCCACCUCUAGAAAUAAAUGGCACCAUUGAACUACCUUGUCACAGCAAAAAUACGACCCAACAAACCUAUGCAUUAGGGAUUUGUCAAUCCAAUGGAACGUGGUUGUUUAAUAGAGCAAAUUGUACAGAUAUCGAUACUUUAGAGUUUUACAAUCUCAUCAACAAACUCUACGUAAUUGGAUACUCAAUCUCGUUGGUCUCGCUUAUUAUAUCCUUGGCCAUAUUUCUUGUUUUCAGACUGCUAAUUGAUAGGAUAGAAAACGCACACCCUAUUGUAGAACACAAAAGAUCAUUAAGAUGUACUAGAAUAAGACUUCAUAUCCAUUUAUUUAUUUCGUUCGUUCUUAAUAAUGUUAUUUGGAUUCUUUGGUACACUGAAGUGAUUUGGAAAGCUGAUGAAGGUGUAACAUUAAUAAAUCCUAUUUGGUGCCAACUUUUAUUUUUAGCUAAAACUUACACGAUGCUCACAAAUUAUACCUGGAUGUUUUGCGAAGCGCUUUAUUUACAUUUAUCACUUGUCGUUGUUUUUGUACGAGACGAAGUUGCAAUGAGAUAUUUUAUAGCAAUCGGUUGGGGUCUUCCUUUAAUUAUAACAACAUCUUAUGCAUGUGUCAGAAUUUUCGUUCAUGAAAACACGGAACAAUGUUGGAUGUAUUAUAAUAAUUCUUGGAGUGAAUGGAUUUUAAUUGUUCCAGUUGGAUUAUCACUUAUUGCAUCAUUUAUAUUUUUAAUCAACGUUUUAAAAGUCAUUUUAAACGUUAUGCACCCUCGAUCGUCAGAUCCCGCUAUGGCUGGAAUAAAAAGAGCUGCAAGAGCCGCUAUUAUUUUAGUACCACUUUUUGGUCUUCACUUUUUAUUAAUUCCUUUCAGACCAAGUACACCACCUUAUGUCUACAUUUACGAGUACAUUUCUGUAUUAUUAAUAGCACCCCAGGGAUUUUGCGUAUGCUGUUUAUUCUGUUUUGCAAACCAUGACGUACACCAAGCGAUAACAUCUUUCAUCCAUCGUCAGCUUCAUUCGUCCCGUUGGAGUUACUAUUAUUAUUCAGGAGGAGCGGACAGCGCCGGGGUUUACGUAAUCAACAAUCACACCCAGAGUAAUAAUUUUGCUCUUAUAUGACACAAGAGACGUUCGACCCAGUCGAUUCGAACCACCGAGAUCCAAAUGAAAAACCUUAAUAAACUCAGCGAAGAAAUCAGCGAAUUGGUUUAAAGUUAAACGAAAAAAAUUAACCUGUUGGUUUUAGCAACGUUGAUUUUAAAAUAAACUCGAGAAAGACUCGAAUAAAGUGUUUGUAAAGGAUUAAGUGAAUAACUUUAUGCCGAGAAACUUUAUCUGUUUGCGUAGAUGAUGAUACGGGUGAUAUUAAUGUUUCAAAAGAUGUGUUUUAGUUAAGUAAAUUAAUUAAUUAAGUAAAUGUGUUUAAAGUAUUAGAUGUUUCAUUGUAAAAGAAAUUUAACUUAUCGAUGUAAAUUGAAAUAAAAAAUAUAUAUA